AUGUCUAUCCCUUGGAACGACGACUCAGUCUUUGAGUCUUACAACAUUAUUGAAGAGACAUUCAAAACUGUCUCAUCCCAUGAUAUCAAAACAGCCAUUCUGAUCCCCAAGAACCUCAAGCCAGGUCACCACCCAAUCAUCUAUCACAUACAUGGUGGUUUUCUAGUCAUGGGGAGUGGCCUGUUCGGCCCUUUCUUCCCUAAGUGGGUUGAUAAGCUUGCACUCCAAAACUCCGCCAUUAUUGUCUCCCCCGACUACAGACUUUUGCCUUCUGCGAAUGGUCUGGAUGAUGUGCUUGAGGAUGUCGAAGAUGGCUGGCAGUGGACCAAGAAUAACUUGCCUGCUAUCCUGAAAGAGAAGGCUCCUGGUCACUCUGUUGACUUUUCGCAUGUCCUUCUUGCCGGAGGAUCAGCUGGUGGAUACUGCUCAACUCAGCUUGCUCUCUCUCAUCCCGACGACUUUCACUCUCUUGCUGUCGUGUAUCCUCUGCUAGACACCAAAGACAGACUGUAUCUUCAAGGUGCACUCCCUGACGAACCAACCGUACUACGUAUGCCGCUAGAAGAAAUCCCAUCUAUGGAAGAUACUUUAGCUUGGAUCGAAAAGACGCGCAAAGUUCCCGAAUCAAGAGCUGGUUUUGAGAGAACUCCCUUCGCAGUCGCAGCCUGCCAGCGGGGAAUUUUCGCAUCUCACAUGCUUGACAACAAGGGUCUUGACAAGACGAUCUUCCAUCCUCUUGAGAGAGUUGAAGCUGGUGCGAAAUUACCCGAGCAUAUGUGGAUCAUGCAUGGAGAUGAUGACUCGACAGUGCCCAUCCGCGGCUCUCAGAAGUUUGUUGACCUCGUGGCUGAGAAGCUACCAGAGACUGUUGUGCGAUACGAUCCCGUUGCUGGUGAGGAUCAUGGCUUUGAAUUUGACGAGAAGAGAUGGGAGUCUUUUGCCGAUGAGGCACUUGCCUUUGUGAGAGAUGCUUGGUUAGCUUAG